AUGGAAGAAAAUAUUUCUUUUAUUAGUGACUCAAAUAUUACUUUUAUAAGUGAAGAUGAAUAUUACAUGGAAUUUGAUUAUACUACUGAAGUUAUAUCAAAUGGAACUUAUUAUAAUUUAGAACUUCAAAAAAUUGCAAAUUAUAUUAUUGCAUGUAGUAGUUAUGCUUAUGUUUUUUUUGCUGCAAUAGGUCUAAUUUUAAAUGCUUAUGUUAUAACAAGAUUGAUACAAUUUGCUUUAUCAGAUUAUGAUCGUUUUAAAAGAGGAUGUGGGUUUCCUUUAGCAGUUAUGUCACUGUCAGAUUUAAUAUCAAUUCUUGGAAUUAUCGGUAAUGUUUCAGCAUCAUUAAUGGCAAAAUUUGAAUGGAUUCAAACACCAACUCAUAGUAUUUCUUGCAAGAUAAUUAUGUAUGUUCUUCAUACAAUGACUUCAUUUAGUACUUGGUGUUGGUUAUUUGUUUCCGCAAUACGGUAUAUGGCAGUUUAUCAUCCAUUAUGGCAAUCUACUAGAUGGGCAUUAGGUGAUUUAGCAUUAUAUGGAAUUUUAGCCAUAUCAAUGUCAUUAAAUUUUUGGUUACUUAUUGUUGUUAAUUCAAGUUAUUUUAUGUGUGCAGAAAUUCCACUUUCUAAAAAUGUUGAUUUUAAUAGAAUAUUUCAUAUUAUUGAAUUUUUAUGGAGUUAUGUUUUACCAGCAGCUUUAACACUUUUUAUGGAUAUUCGAGUAAUAUUUACAAAACCACCUGGGUUUAUUGAACAAUUUCAAUAUGAUAAAAAAAAAUGUAAAAAAACAACUUUUUUACGUCUAUCAAGUCGCAAAUCACUAGAAUCUCCAAAAUUUUUAGGUGAUGUUGUAAGAAAGAAUCAGGCUAAUAAAAGAACAACAAUGAAAAAAGCACGUUGUAAUGUUUGGAGAUUUUUACUUAUUGUUACAAUUAAUCAAUUGUUAAAUGCUCCUGAUAAUGUUUUUAAAAUGAUGGCUAUAAUAGGAGGAACAGGAUAUACAGGAGAUAAUCGUUCUUUAAUAAUUCAUACAAUAGCAUUAAUUGGAAGAUUAAUGUAUUUUUCACAAUUUUGUUUUAAUGCAGCAAUUUUAUCAAUUAUUGUUUAUAAUCAUACAACUAGACCAAGAAAAAUGCUAACAUAUGCUGAACAGUUUAAAAAAAGUACACUUAAUGGAUGUGAGAAAAUAAGUCAUGAAUAUUAUAAUUUAUCACAUGAAAAAGUAGAGUCUCAAUCUGGUAUAGGUAUGGGAAGUUCUUUAUUUAAUGAUGAAAAACUAUCAAAUAGAAGAGGUUCAUUAAAGAAAGUUAAAAGGACUUCUUCAUGUGCAUUUAAAUUAACAGAUCUCAAUAAAUUUCAUAUUAAAAAUGAAGUUAACUAUAAUGAUGAUAAUAAAAACUAUUUGAAAGUAACUGAAAGUGCUGAAAUUACUUUAAAUAGCUAA